AUGUCUCGAACAGAUCACCAGUUCUUCCACAAGUGGGCGGCGCUCGAGGAUCCCGCCAACCCGACGGCGGGCAGCCGCGGCUUCCUGCGGGUCGACCUCAACGUUUCAGCGAGUGGGCGCGCACCGCCACCCCAGCAGAUCACCCCCGAGGACGACGACAUCGAGGGACAGCUGCUGAGCGGCGGCUCGGGCAGUGGGCGGGAGCGCGCGCGCUACGAGGCCCGCACGAGCACGUGCAGGGGUAGUGGGUCCCCGGAGUGGAACGAGCGGCUGGUGUUCUACGACCUGCUGCCGCCCAUGUGGCAGCGUGUGCGGCUGCAGGUGCGUCACGAGGACGCCGUGCUCGCAGCCGCGCACCUCGACCUGGCCACUGUCUCCAGCCCCGGACACGACGGUUUCCUGCCGACGUUCGGGCCUGCGUACUUGUACCUGUACGGGGGGGACGCGGCGUACCGCGGCCGGCUUCUCGUCUCGCUGCGCACCGUGCCAGACGCCGAGGUCACCACUGGCGGCACCGCCGUCGAGCCCUUGCCGGCCCUCGACGAGGAAGAGCUGUGGCGGUUGGAGGAGCACAGUUUGUUCGCGGUGCUGCUGGGAGCAGACUGCAUCCCGCGCGCGCUGGCCGGGAAGGCGGUGGUGCUGCAGUUCGCCAUGGGCGACCAGGCGGGCGGCGGGCUCGCCUCCAUAGCGACGCAGGCGCCUCUGGAGUCUGUGGUGACGGAGAGCGCCGCCAUGUCGAGCCCGCUGCGGGCGGCGCCCUCGCGCGACGGCGACGCCUACUGCAGGCUGCGGCCGGGAAGGCGCAAGCCGUGCGCCGUGAUGCGCCGCCGCUGGCCGCGCUUCCACACUAGGAUGGCGCUCUCCAACGCGCUCGCCUCGCUGGCCGCCUCUUUCGAAUCUGGGCUUUCAGAACUGGAAAAAGGAAAGAGCAGACCAACAGCCGGCGGUGAUGCCGACCAGAUAUCAACUUUGAUUAACGUGGGUGCAAAACUGAGAGAAGAUGCCACCAGGCUCAUGAGGACCACCGACAUCUGGGCGGCAGCCUACACACCACUAGACAUCUAUAGAGCCAGCAAAUGCAAGAAGCUUGUGGAGAAGUUGCGGAACAUGGCAGAGGUCUGGCAGUCCGGUGGUCCGAUCUUAGGGUUUGACGUCGCGCUCUCCGCGGGAAGUCUGCUGCUGGAGGAGCUCCGCGACGCUAUUGAAGACCCGCAGCCUACCCUGCCUGACGUGGUGGUGCGGCUGGUGCUGGCGACCGGCGGCAGCGUGGGAUACGCCCGCCUCAAGGCGCGUGACCUCUGCUACACGGAAGAGCCGGGCCUCCGUGGCUCCAUGUGUGGCAAAGUCUCCACAGUCAUACUGAAGAGCGGGCAAGACGAGUGGUCCGCGGUGACGCUGGUGCUGUGGCUGGGCGCCAGCCGCGACGUGGCCGCCUGCCUGCGCAGCCUGCCGCCGGGCUGCUCCUCCCAGCAGGACGGCGCCACCCCGCUGCCCGCCACCGUCACCUGCUCCCAGCAGCAGACGCUGUUGGGACUGGCACACGUGUAUGGCGGCCGCUUCUUCCCCGGAGAUGACGAAUCAGGCCUCUGCGACCCUUUUGUCAGGGUUACCAUCGCUGGAGGACACACUUUGCAGACUGAGGUGGUGGGGCAGCGACGCGAGGAACUGGUGGGCCGCGCGCUGACGUCAGCGGCGGUGCGCCUGCAGGGCGAGCCCCACCGGCCACCUCCGCUGCGUUGGCUGCCGCUACACCGCGCACAGCUGCACGCAGGAGAUCUGCUCUUCUCUACAGAGGUGCUACAGGUGGGAACUAACGAAGACGUGGCGGUGGAGACGUGGUCGACUCGUGAAGGUGUGGUGGUACCCAUUCCAGUGGAGAUCCGUCCGCGCAUCAUCACCUACAAGCUGGAGGCGGUGUUCUGGGGCGUGCGGCGGCUGCGGCGCGUGCAGCUGCUGCCCGUGUCCCGGCCGCGCGUCGCGCUGCAGGUCGCGGGCCGCCGCCUCUGCUCUGCCGUCAUCCCGGACACCGCCGCUAACCCCAACUUCCCCAACCCGCACAUGGUCUUCACUCUGGAGCUGCCGGAGCAGGAGGAGUACCUGCCUCCGCUGCAGGUGGAGGUGCACGACUGCCGCAGCUUCGGCCGCGAGGUGCUGGCCGGCGUGCACGCACUGCACUGCCUCGCCGACUUCGUCGUGCCGCCUCCGCCCUAUCUCACUGAUAAACAGCUGUCAGAGAUCCAACAGGGUCUGGAAAAAGGCCAUGGUGCAGAGGAACCACCAGCGAUUGCUGUGAAGAGAGAGAUUCGAAAGACAAUGACAGCAGUACGCCAUUCAGACAGUGAAGAUGUUCCCGCCACGCCUGUAACCUACAAAGAAGAUAUUCCUUCAGAUCCCGACUCACAAAUUGACACUAGCAGUGAUAGUGAAAGUGAUGUGCUAGCUGAAGGCAGUGAUCUGGAUUUGCGAAUGAAAACACCUUUUUUAUCUCAAAUUAUUUCGGAAAGUGAGAGUGAGGACCAUUUUGACAACGACAGUGAUGAUAGUUUCAGCAAUAAUGACAAUUUGCCACUGUCUUUCAUAGUGAAUUUUUCAUGCAGAAAGGACGUCAGUGCAAUGAACUUUGCCGCCAAUUUUUCAGAGGAAGCUGGUGUACCAGGAAAACUUAAAAAUGACAGUGAAGAAAAAAAGAAACUGUGGGACUUCUUUCGGUGUAGAAAAACUCCGCUGGACGAUAAGGAGAAACUUCUACAAGAAAUACAGGAGCCAAAGAAAGACGAACCUGAGCGUAAAAAGAAGGGUCGCCUCGGAAUGGGACUGGUGUGGCGUCGUAAGCACGCAGCUCCCACCAUUGCCGAAGAAGAAAUUGAAGCCCCCGACUGGUGGACCAAGUACUACGCCUCACUGCCGCAGGCUGUUCAGGAAAAAUAG